AUGCAUACACAACAGCAUAUAGCUCAACAAUGUGUAGAUUCUGGUGGUUGUGAACACCGCGAAAGUUUUCUAUUUGAAAGUUUUCUGGGUAAUUUGAAAUCAAAUUUAAAAGGCCCAUUAGGUGCUAUUCAUCAAGUUGCAUUUGCAUAUGCAGCUGAUUUAUAUUUAAAUCAUAAUUCACGUUCUGGAAAUGACGAAAUAUUAUUGAAUGGAGGUUUCACUAUUGAUCGUCAAACUAAUACAUAUGGUGGUAAUAUGGUUGUAGAUAAAAAUGAAAUAGAAAUAUUAAAAAAAUUAAUUGAUAAGAAAUUAACGAUUAGUAAAGCAUCUAUUUCAUUUUUUACACGUUAUCAUCAAAAUAUAACUACAUAUCAUUCGUUUUUUUAUAAGAAAAGGAAAACAUCAUGCAGCUAUUUAGUUAGUUUAGCAGAUAAUAACAUUGGAUGGGUCAUUUGCUUUUUACUAGUUAAUCAACUACCAUAUGCUAUAGUACAAUCAUUAAAACGUUGUGAAAAACAAACUAUGUCAGACAUUUUUGUAAAUUCUCCUUAUUAUGAUAUUUUAAAAAGAUAUUUAGACAAUAUUUUUACAUUAUGCUACAUUCAAUAUCUAGAUGUACAAAGAACUGAUUCAUUGUUACUUGUGCCAUGUUUAAAAUUACGUCAUCGGAUUGCGUUUGUAGAAUUCAGAAACUUGUUUUGUUGUACAGAAUUUUGUUCAGCGUAUCAGUGUAAUUGA